AUGUAUCGCGUAGAAUAUGACCCCUCUCCUUUGUUCACGAACCGAGGGCAGCAAGAUGCGUGGUGUCCGGUGGCUCCAACGUAUGCAGUUUGGCGAGUGCAAACUGUACGAACGAGUGACCCGGCAACAACCAAGAAAAUCUCCAGCGGCUACUUCCGUCUGCAGCUCACGCGGUUUGGCGCCAUAGAUCUGUCGGACCCCAUUCCGUGGGACGCAGUGGCCACGACCAAAGAGGAGGUCGGAUCGACCGCCGUCUCGAGCUCGAAAGUCUUCUGUACUGUGGCCAGCCCGACAUGCAACAGCAACGGAAUUUACCCGUUCGGAAGACUGGAGAAGUCCGGCUCAAUGCAGUCUAAGCUCAACUACUUCUCACGCAUCACGAACGGGGUCGACGUCCAGCGCAGUCCCGUCGCAGCGGCGGAUGGAGGCUACACCUGGUCGAUCACGUUCUUGGAUACGGGCGACAGCUUCGCUCUGGCGGCGAAAGAUAUCAAGCUCAACUGCGACGACCCGACAACGUGUGCUACAGCCACGUACAACGUGAUAACGACCAAGGUUCGAGCUGGCGUGCUGCCUCCGACUUGCACUGGCAGUCGCAUUGUUCCAGCUACCGGCGCGCUGAUCAAAGGACAGAUCUACAAUCUGCGCGUGUCAGCCUACAACGAAGUUGGCUUUGGAAAACCCGGCGUGGCUCCAAACCCGCAGAAGCCCAUGGUAGUACCGGGUCCUCCGACUGCUGUCACGCUAUCGGUGUACUCGGUAUCGGAGCUGGUGGUGCUGUUCAGUCCCCCCGACGACAAUGGAGGCGAUACAGUCGCAGCCUACGAGGUCCAGUGGGCCCUUGACAGUGUGUUCACGACGCCGAGCUCCGUGGUCGUGACAAUCAUCAGCGGCAUGAUCGCGCCCUACCGUCGGGUGAUCUCCUCGCUCACGAAGGGAACGCCCUACUUUAUCCGCGUCCGCGCUAAAAACUCGCAGGGAUUCGGUGUGUUCCAGCUGUCUUCACCUACAAAGAUGCAGCCGUACACGACGCCCAGCGCGCCGACUCAAGUGGCGUUGGGGAUCACCAGCGCGACGAUGCUCACGGUCCGUUGGGCACCACCAAGCGACGACGGAGGCGACACCAUCUCCUCCUACGUGGUGCAAUGGGACGUGGCGGCUGGCUUCGAUUCUCUAGCGCUGACAACUGGCACAACUGUGACUGUGAGCGACCCAACGCAGCGGUCGUACACCAUCACGGGACUCACCCCCGGAACGCUGUACUACGUGCGUGUAUUUGCUAAGAACCGCGGCGGACAGGGCACACCGCAGACGUCCACGCCCGCAUCGUUUGUCCCAGCGGUGACCAACCCAGGCAAGCCGAACACUCUGACGAUGGUGCCUACGACCGUAGUGGGCCAGCUACGUGUGACUUGGCAGGCGCCGGUGAUUCCAGCUCAUGGGUAUCCGUGUGCUGGAACGCUGCAGGCCCCUGGGAGCUGCCCGAUUGUCGGAAGUAUGAACAUGGUUUUCGGUGGAGUUGACGUCAAGAAUUACGUGAUCCAGUACUCGGAAAAAAGCGACUUCUCGACUCCAAUUGAGGUGGCGACGCCGGGAUCAGUUGUGACGAUGCUGCUCACGGGGCUAGUGUCGGGGAAGACGUACUACGUGCAAGUGCUGGCGGAAAACGCGCAAGGAAUGAGGAGCUCCUUCUGCAAGCGAGUUAAUACGCAAAGUCUUCUCUGUCCAGACCAACAGGUGCUGCUUGAUAGUACUGUCGUUACGGGCGACUUUGUCUACGCCCAGCCUCUCUAG